UUGUGCCGUGCCAAAGACAGUCAUAAACAGUUAUUUCAAAUACUCGAAUAUUACUUUAAUUUAAUGUAGCCAUGGAAUUACGUAAAACGUAUACGAAAUUAUUUGUUGUAUUUAUCAUUUUCACAGCGCUAGAUUCAGUCGAAUCGCAUAAUUUAGAAAACAUGGCACUUAAUAAGCAGGCCUAUUCGUCAAGCACGUACGAAAAUGAUGGUCCUCAUAGGGUCGUGGACGGAAACUUGUCACAAGAUUCUGCGGAUAUGUCAUGUUUUCAUUCACUUAAUGAAGCCAAUAAUACCUUGGAGGUGGACUUGGGAGAAAAAGUUUUCAUUCAUCACGUUACCAUAUACAGUAGAGGAGACGUUGUUGGUACAGAAGCUGAGAAACGACUAAGAGAUGUUGAGUUGUACAUUGGUCCAAGCAACAACAGUUACACUCUGUAUGGGUAUUAUGAAGGUGUUAUUCCAAAAGGUACAAUACACACAUUCAAUCUGACCAACAUAGUGCUUGGACAAUGGGUAAAGAUUACAAGAUCAGAGUCGGUAGUGGACUUCUUUGAACUAUGCGAAGUUCAGGUAUUCGGAUACACAUCCGCACAUCACUACAGAUUAGACCAAGGACGUGCAGGUGUUCAUGCAUUGAACAUAGCUUCAACUCAGUCUCUAUCAGUCCACCAUUGCGCCCUCUUAUGCCACAAUACCAACGGUUGCUAUGGAGCAACAUAUAAUCAAGGCACGCGCACGUGCGAAUUGCUGUCUUCUGAUACCGGUGUUGACGCCAACGACUCGACGAUGUUGAUUCCAGUUGGAUAAUAUAAUGCAACAAUUAUAAGAUGCUCUUAUUUGCAUAUCUCCAAGCUUUCCUGAAAUAUAUGAAAAUUUGAAUAAUUAAAAAUAAACAACAUAAAAUUUACUUUCAAAUAAGCUGCAGCACUUACAGUUACUUUGAUUAGAUUUUGGACAGAGAAAAUCCCAAUAUGCCUUGAACAGUUUUCGAAAAUAUAUUUAGGAUUUACUUAACAUGACAACAACAUGCAUGUACAAUGUAGUCAUAAUGGUAACAUAAUGGUAGUUUUUUGAUAGUUGGAAUUAUGUUUGUUUCCGCACAAGCUAUUCUUAAACUGAUCAUUUGAUUCAACACGAUCUUUUGUAAUCAGCAAUUAAAGCUGCGGUCUCACUUAAUCCCGGCAGAGUCCAGGACCAUCCCGGUAAGUUACCGGGAUUAUCCGGGACGAUCCGGGGUGAAAUUAUUGUUGCGGUCACACUUACCCCGGCAGCACUACGAAGUUCACAACUUACCACCCAGGAUGCGCUCCGGAUCAUCCAGGCAGAGUCCAGGUGAAGUUACGGUUCAUGCCGGUGCUUCCCCGGUCGUUCCCGGAUGACGCCGGAAGAGCCCAGGUUGACACAGGCAGAGCCCCGGUCGAUCCAGGCAGAGCCCCGGCAGAGCCCAGGACGCUCAAGGCAGAGCCCCGAAAAUGAUAUCAUUGAUACAUAAUUCUUAUUUAAUAUAAUAUCUAUUGUUCCAGAAUAGUAAUUCAUAAUGAUUUUCUGAAAAAUCCUUAUGCCAGACUGGAUAGAACGGAAAUGGGAAGGGUUUUAAUAAAAACAAGUGCAAUCAUCGCAAAUUGUCGUUAUUCUUUUGAGAUGAACCGGGCUUUGCCGGGGCUCUACCGGGAUCAACCGUAGCUCUGCCUUUAUCCUCCGGGGCUCUGCCUGUAGUUACCGGGGCUCUGCUGGCAUCUACCGGGGCACUACCGUAGCUCUACCGUAGCUCUACCGGCUAUACCAUACCCCGGAUCAUCCCCGGUUUGUCCCGGCAGAGCUACGAUGCUUCCCCGGUAUAACCCCGGUCGUUCCCGGCAGAGCUAAGGAUGAAACCGGCAAAGCUAUACCUUCCCGGAUCAUCCCGGACCACCCCGGUGAUAUUAAAUAUUUUAUUCCAUCCGGGGUCAAAUGCCGGAUGUUCCCGGAUCAUCCCGGAUCACCCCGGGCGUUGCCGGCAGAGUUACGGAUGUACUCCGGUUGUUCCCGGAUCACCCCGGACGUCUACCGGGGCUCUGCCGGGAUGUAAGUGAGGCUGUAGGUUUAUAUGGAUCAACAAAAGUGUGCGAGAUUGACGUCACGCCAUAUGGAAUUGUCCAUUCAAAUUUUCAAGUACCCAAACGCAAACACGCGUUUACAAAAGUACAAUUCCCCUUCUUUUAUUUUUAUGCCUAAGCUUCACGUAACCAAAGUUCUCAAAGUUCUGAUAAAAGGUACGAGAAAGAAUUGAUGCUAAUAGAUGGUAAUAUUCAACUCUUAUUAGAAAACUUUUUUUUUCUUUCACAUUACAACAAUUUAAACCUGUCAAAUGGUUGAUUGCCACGUGACUGGCUUUUAUUUACUUUUAUAUGUAAAAGUAAAAUGAGCCAUGUCAUGACAAAUCCAAAAUAAUGGGUUUGCGACCAGCAUGU